AUGGCACUCGCAGAAAUUGAUCAGUCGCCUUUCGAGCACCUGUUCGACUUAGAAAGCAUGCCCGCGUGCCCUGACAAUGGAGACAUAGACGCGGCAGUCGAUUCGUUUCUCAAUCUCCCUGCCGCAGCCUUUCCGUGGACCCCCAGCGACAACAACGCCGGGGCCCUCAAACCCGAGGCUCCAGUAGCCGCGAAUCUUGGUGGUAAGCCCGCCGGGAAAAGCGGCGGGAAGAGCGGAAAAGCGAAGGCGAAAAAGGCGGCGCAGCGUGAGACGCAGAAGCAGCUGCUCGCGGCCAUCAUGGAGGCCCUCGCCGACUCAGACGACACCGACGAGCCGUCGUCGCCAGAAUCCCCCGCUGCCCCUUCCCCCGCCUCAGCAAAGCGCGCCAAGCAGGCUCCCGGCGACGUCGUGUCGUCCCGCCGGUUACCGCAAUUGGACAGUCUAAGCAAUAGCAGCCCCGCGAGCAGUGGUAACCCGUCGUCCGCGCUUCUCGAUUCCUUCCUCGGUCAGCUGCCGCAAGUGGAUAUGCACCUCGAUGCGAUCAUCGCCGCACUUGACGGGCCGGCAGCCGACGCGGCGCAGCCGGCGGCGGGUCAGACGGGGAGCAGCAGUGCAGCAGUGGCGCAGCCGCGGGCUCGCAAUAACGAAGCAGAGAGGGUGCUUAUGCGCAGCAGCAGCAGCAGCAGUGUGGACAGCUCCGUCGCGGAAGCCGCCGCUGCCGCCGCCGCCGCGCUAGCCGCAGGAUCGCGGAAGCGCAAGGCAUCGGAGAGCGAGGUGGUUUCCCCCGCUGCGGCCGUUGCCCCUAGCGCAGACGUGGGCAGUAACGAGGCGGAGGUUUCCCGCCAAAUGCGCCGCGCGCUUGGCGCUGCCAUCCUCCGCAGCGAGCCGUGCCCCGCGGCCGCUGCCUUUCCCACUCCCGCGCCUCCUCCGGCCGCGCUGCCAGUGGGUAGUCACGCCAACCCCGUUGGCAGGACCCUCGCCCAUCACGGACCGCUGCAAAUGCCCAUUCGCCUGCCCGCCGCUCCUUCCGCCGCGCCUUCGCCGCUAGCUUUCCCCGCGCCUGAAGCAGCAGCUUGCAUGAACAAUGACAACUCAGAUGAUGACAUGGCGGGCUUUGGCGGAAGCCCAGCGUGCGGAGGCGCCAACGGAGCGGCGGAUGACGCGGAUGAUUGGAUGCCGCGCAGCCGCGGGCGCAAGGACAGGCAGGUUGCGGGCGGGCGCAUUAAGGCGCGGAGCAUGGCGGAGAGGCAGAGGCGGGAGAGGAUCAGCGAGGGGCUGCAGAAGCUGCGGAUGGUAGUGCGCGGCCAUGGGGACACGGCCACCAUGCUUGAUAAUGCUGUCGCGUAUGUGGACGCGUUGCAGCGCCGAACAAAUGCUCGUCGCGUGCAGCUGAGUUGGCCUCUUUCGCCAAUCACUAUGGCAUCAGCACCGCAUUUGAUACUUCCCGACAACACUGACGAAUUCGUCCGCGCUGCACACGCCGCAAAUGCCGCAUUGCCGUUUGCCCCGAAGCUCGACAGCAUGGAUGGCGCUGUCGAGGAUGGCGACAUUCACGCCGCGAUCAACUCGUUUCUUGCUAUUCCCAACACCUUCUGGGACUCAUCGCUUCCUCCUUUUCUGGCGCAAGAGCCUUCGCCAACCAAUGAAUGCGCAGAGGCCGCGGGAGACGCGCUCAGAGUAAAGGCGGACGAAAGUGGAAGCAAGAGGCGUAGCGACGCGGCUGCUAGCGGUCUAACGAAUGAUAACGCGGCUUGCAUUGGCGACGCGAAAGAUGUGAAUGCGACGACGAUGUCGCAAAUUGCGGACGACAUAAAGCGAGAGGCCUCGGAGCUGCUGCGACGGAACAACGCCGACUCUGAGUCGCUCAAGCGUCGCGCGCUCGAGCGGCCUCCGCCGUGCGGCGGCAGCAACGCGAAGAAGCAGAAGCUGCAGCAGCAGCAGCGGCACAAGGCGCAGCAGAACGCCAAGAUCCUGUCGGCGCUGCUGACGGCGCUCGCGUCGCUCGACGAGUGCUCCUCCGAGGGCUCCGCGGAAGACGAAUCCGCGCCCAACACGCCGUCCCCCAAACGGCGUAAGGCGACUGGCGGAAAGGCCGCCUUGGCGGCCACCGCUGACGCGCACGGCGGGAGCGGCAAUGCGGCGGAGUCAGAGAGGCGACCGUCGUCGUCCGAGGCUCCGCGUGUGAGUGCGCAGUCGGCGCAGAACGGCAGUGCGAACGAGGCCAGCGCGGCGUCACACGGCAAGAUCUCCGCGAGGGCGGGACGCGCAGCGAGGAGCAAGGUAGCAUCGCUACCGGGGCUCACCUGGCAAGAAGGAGAGAGAAAUUCCGUUCAAGGCUUGGCGCAAGGGGCGAUGCGAGCGGCGACACACGGAGAAGGAAGGAAGGAUACGCGCGUUGAGGUAUUGGGCGACGCAUGGGGCGCCAAAGCCGAGGUCCCGAACACCCCAGGGAUUCCACAACGAGUUGGCGCGGGUAGGAGCCUUCUGGACACGUUUCUUGCUGAUCUGCCCGAGAUUGACGGGCAUCUGGACGCUGUUAUGACCUCGCUGUGCUCUGAGCCUGCUACGACUGGGUGCACAGGAGGUGCUUCGAAGGACAAUGCUGCUUGCAUUGGUGUGGAUGGACCGGAAUCUGCUUCAGCGAAGGCGCUCUCACAGCCUUCCUCCCACCUCUCUCCGCCCAAGACUCCCGUGCUAAGCCACGCACCAGGGUUUGCACAUGCGCACAGGAAGAGUCUGCCUGUUGAUGAGGCGUGCAAUAACGAGGAUGAAUGCGACGAUGAGGAUGACAGGCUGAGCACCAGCAGCAUUGAUAGCGAGGAUGCUGCGGCUGCAGCUGCGGCGGCGACAGCUCUUGCCAUGCGAACGCGGACAAGAGUGGCGGAGGAGAAUCAUGCGCCCGAACCGAAAGCAGGUGCUCUGAAUCUGGACAAUGUGGCUCAGAUGAAGCGCGGGGCAGGGCAGCGACCUCCUCCUCUGACGCUCCCUGGUGCUCUAGAACCUGUUGGUAAUGGUUCCCCAUCGUCUCUCGGCAGUCCGUUUAACCAAAUAAAAGCAAGCACACCUGGUAACGGAGAUUCGCCAUGUGCCAUGCCUCUUGGAAUUGUGACACCAUUCCUCUCUCCGAGGUAUGGUGCUGUGGGGGGGAAUGAUGUGGACGACUGGAUGCCGCGCAGCCGCGGGCGCAAGGACCGGCAGGUGGCGGGCGGGCGCAUCAAGGCGCGGAGCAUGGCAGAGAGGCAGAGGCGGGAGAGGAUCAGCGAGGGGCUGCAGAAGCUGCGCAUGGUGGUGCGCGGCCAUGGGGAUACGGCCACGAUGCUUGAUAAUGCUGUUGUGUAUGUGCAGGCGCUGCAGAGGAGAGUGACAACGCUUGAAACAAACAUGCUGCUGCACCAGGCAUCGUGCAAGAUGAAGGAAGAUGGGGUUGGCCUUGCCAGACCCUGGACGAGGCACUUGCGCAGAGCAGCGGCUGGCAAGAGAGCAGCGGCUGACAGCCCUCCCAUGCAACCCUCGGCCAUUUCCUGCAUCAUGUCCGUGUGUCCCCCGCCGCUUUUCUGCUCCCCCAGGACCCUGGACGUGGCACUGGCCACAGAGCAGCGGCUGGAGGGCAAGGAGGGCGACCUGAUAGAUGCAGUGAAGAUGUGCCAUUCCCCUUCCCUCGCUUGCACCCAUUCUCCCACUCUCCCUCUCCUCCACUCUUCACAACCUCCUAACCACCCUCCUCAUGCUCCACUUUUCCUCUACCUCUCCACUCACCCCAUCCAUUCCUGCAAGCUCCACUCCACCUGCCCCACAAGUAUCGACAUCCCACAACAUUCCGUUCCAUCCUCCUCCUCCUCCUCCAUCCUUUCACGCUUCUUCCCCCACCGCCCCAUCUCUCGUUUCCCCCUUGUCUGCCAUCACGCUCCAUCUCCAUUCAUGCCGGGCAGCAGUAGAAUCUGGGUGGUUUUGAUAAUUCUCAAAAGCGCUUCCCCUCCCACCGCCCCAUCUCUCCUCUCCCACGUGCAUCCCCACUCCAUCCGUGCCAGGCAGCAACGGCUGCUGGGUGGUUCUCAGAAGACCAGCAAACAAGCAUUCGAGGCACUGGGAUGGGAGGGGGAUUUGAUUUUCUUCUUUGGCAGGCACCAAAAGAAUCGUCUCACACUCCCAUUCGUCCCCCUCCAGGCUCUGAAGCCUUUCUCCUCCUCUCUCGCCCCUCGCCCCGCCUCUCUCUCCGGUUGGCUGGACGAAGCUCCAGGUCAGCCCCAUGCUGACGUGGCAGCCGAGGAGCUGAGGGCGCUUAGCAGGGAGGUCGAUCUGGGGGAGGUGAUGCAUACUGUGGCAGGAUUCCUCCCUACACUGAAGUUAGUAGAAGUCUGCACAGCACUCACAGUACAAGCAGGCUUCCAUGUUCUCACCCAUGACUUCCUCGUCUCACACCAUCCCAAGCCGCAGCAGAAACUGCGUUUCUUUUCCAUCCGAGCCGACUUUGUCAACUCUGCUGUCACCCUCGUCUCGCCACCUCAAGCCAGCAUACUGCUGAACGCCAAGGAGGUGCCCAACAGAACAGCCAUCGACCAGGAUCGCUCCCCGCUGGUACCAUCUGACGUCAUCAAGCUUCUGAGGCUCGGUGUGAACAUCUUGAACCUCAUUGGCCGCCUCUCAGUGCCCUACAAGCUUAUGGUGGCAGUGAUGGCAGCAUCCACCCCCUUGCUGACUUUUGCGUCCCCUCAUAAGUCCCCUCACCCCCUCUCCCCCUCUCUCCCCCUCUCUCCCCCUCUCCCCCUCUCUCCCCCUCUCUCCCCCCCUCUCCCCUCCUCCCCCCCCCAGUGCCCUACAUUUUUGUGGUGGCUGUGA